UGGGACAUGAUCUCCUGCAGUCUCUCUGUAGGGUUUAUGUAGGCGUGUGUCAACAGAGAGGAGACUCUCACAAAGCACAUGGUCUCGCCUACAGACUCCUUAAAGAAGACUUUCUUGAAGCCCCCCAAGUGAUUAUGGGCAUGGUGACAGCAUGGCCAAGUAUUUUAUCCCAUGACAGCUCUUUAUGCCGAGCGAUUCACAUAGUGAGCAACCGGAAAGCAAGAGGAAAGAUAUUUAAUUUCCUCAACAAGUAUCUGCCCUGGAAUGAGGAGCCUCCAGGAAACAUCCACAAUGCUAUCACCAGCACCCUGAAGUCUUUUCUGGAAGACAGCAGUCUGAGGUUCCUGGAGAACAGCUGGUAUGGUUUUAAUCUCUGCCCUGCUACCUGGAACUACAUCUUCAGCCUGGAUCUUCUGUGUGCACAACUGGGCUGGACUUGGACCAUUACCAAUAUUAUAUGGAAGGAUCUUUGGCUGAUCCUGAACACUUGGCUGAGGCAAGCAAGAACAGAGCAAACACCGUUCCGAGACGUCUGUGUAGCAGCAGUUUUCAGGCUACUUGGGCGACUUGGUCAACUAGGACUUAAGGAGAACAUGCUAACGUCACUCGAAAACCUGGCAAGAAGCAUCAAUCAGUUUGGAAUGCAAAGCUUCUCAAAAGGUAUGCCAUGGGAAGUGCAGCUCUCAGUCAUCUAUGCCAUUCAUGAUCUGGCACCCAGCAACCCUGAAGCAGCUCUGAAGACUUUGGAAUCAUGGAAGAAAAACAGCACACAGCGCGUUCCCUCAGCCGUCAAUAAAUGCAUAACGCAAAUCAGCUUCCUUUGUCAUCAGACCGAGUCACAAAGAUCACAGCGGUGAUUUAUCUCUUACAUGAAUAAAAAAAAUGUAUCUCUUACAUGAACUUUGUACAUGAAUAAAUGUCUAGUAAUCUAUAUUUAUGUAUAGAGCCAUACAGCAUUCAGUUUAUUAUAGUUUACAUCUAUGUGUAAAAAGUCUGCAUACUAUAGACUUCCUGACAGGAAGCAGUUAUUUAUGGAUUUUAUUACUUUACAUUUUACGGUGAUAAAAAAAUAAUUUAUAUGCUGAGGGAUAAAGUCUUAUGACGUCUCUUUUUUAUUUAUAUUUGACAUUUUAUAUUUGUAGAUCAUUUUUCUGGUCAUUCUUACUCUUUAUGGGUUA